AAAACCUUAUCCUCUCAUUCACUCCACAAGCAGUCACGCAGCCAGUGUUGAAUCUCCUAUGGCAGCCCUCCGCUUAACUCCGUCUCUCCCUUUCAACUUAAACAAACAACAACCCAAAUCCCCCCAAUUCUACCCACAUCUCAACCCGCAUUGGCCCAGCAGCCGCCGCGGCAGCCUCCGGGGAUCGGUGCGCGCCUACAAAGUGGUGAUCGAGCAGGGCGACAAGCUGACCGAGGUGGAAGUCGACGAGGACGAGACGAUCCUGUCGCGCGCCCUCGACGUCGGCCUGGACGUGCCGCACGACUGCAAGCUGGGCGUGUGCAUGACCUGCCCGGCCAAGCUCGUCUCCGGGAAGGUCGAUCAGAGCGACGGCAUGCUCAGCGACGACGUCAUCGACCGCGGAUACGCCCUCACCUGCGCCGCCUACCCUCGCUCCGAUUGCCACAUCAAGAUCAUCCCCGAGGAGGAACUGCUCUCUCUCCAGCUAGCCACUGCCAAUGAUUAGAACCUCCUCUCCUCUCCUCUCCUCUCUCAUUUGUUUUGAUAACAUUUAAGUUGGGAACUUGAGUCUUACUAUAUGCAUUCUCUAUGUUUUUCUUGCUUCCAUA